AUGGCGCUCCCACUGACUCUUCACCAUGAGGAGGAGGGCCCUAUCUUUUUGGACCUCUCCGAUUCCGAGGACGACGACAUACUCCCUCCUCCACGUGCGCCUGCUCGACUCCAGCCUAAAGAACCUGCCGAAGCCAUGCGCCAGAAGACCAAGGAGGCAGCAGCCAACGUCCCGCUCCACCCGAUACCCGCCAUGCAGCCCGCCUUCACCGAAUCCCUCAUUGAGGCUACCAAUAACACCGCAGAGCUGAAGCCGAAGCUGAGAUUCGGUGAUGCAAAGCAGCGCAGGACACACCUUCUCGACGGAGCAAAAGGCGCGGGGUUACAAGCCGAAUUAUGGCGUUAUCGUCCCGGCCAGAAGCAUCACGAACUUUGGAAGCUCCUGGCCCAGAUAUCCUUCGGUGUGUAUCUGCUGUUGAACGGGAUCGCAAACAGCAACGAACAAGUCGUCACUAUACUGCAGGGCCAUAUUGAUGAAGUCGACGAGUUUCUGGAGACGACGUUGGAGGACCUCAAUUUGGCAGUCCAGGAUGUCCAAGAGCGCAUUGACUUUCUGAGACUCCCAAUGGAGAAUAUCGCCACUUUUGAGCAGAUGCUGGAAGACCGAAACUUCCGUCUGCAAAUUGUGAACGGGAACGAAAAGAUCGAACAUAUCGUCGAAAGGACGACUACAGCGCUGGAAGCAACACUCAAGGAUGUAGACGAAGGUUUGAGAGCAACCAAGGAGUUUGCCAUAUACCUUGGUGAUCAGCAGGAACGUGCUUGGCGCCAACAACGGCCGGAGUUGGGCGAGAUAUAUGAUGCUAUGAAGGGCAACGCUCAGGGAUGGUACAAAGCAUUCAUUGAUUUGCAAGACAGCGGAUCCGCCCUCGACACAUUACUCAUACGGCUCGGACAAACGGUAGCCGAGAUGGACCAGCGAGCUGGCGAAGUCAGCCGGCGGACUAGGUUUAGUGUUGCCCCCUGCUCUGGACCACCGGGACACCCAAGAGACGACUCAAUGGCAUCGUCUCCUCGAUCGUCCAGCAGGCGGCCAUCAGCCCCCCAGUCUCCGAGAAGCACAUCUCAAAGGUCUCAACCGAGCUCACCCCCUCCCAGGGAGCCUGCUCGUUUACUGAAGCAGCAAAGAUCCCAGCCGCGAAUGCUAGACCCGAAGGACGACAGAAUACGAGAGUCUGUGGUCAGAGUGGAAGAAGAUGCCAAACCAGCACAGGAGCCUCGGAAGCCAGCGGGGGAUGAAGUUCUCUUCCUUUUGCAACCGCGCACUUACACCCCUCAACCACCAGAACCCGUACCAUCUCCGAGAGAUCAGGAUGCUCCACCCCCAAAGCAGGAAAGACAGGAGAUACAGGAGAUACGGGAGGAGGGGCAGCCGAAGAAGCGCACGUCCUUGCGACAGAGAGUGUCCUUGAAGGGUGGCAACCUGCCCGAGGUGAUCCAAGUCCCCCCGCGGAAUGCGCCUGAACUGGAGCGUCUGAGAUACCAGUCGCCACGCCACCUGUCGGCGCGGAAUAAUCAGGCUCCAGAUUCUGCCUCUGGUUCUGAUAUCGAGACCCGACAACCGUUUCAAUCCGUCGUCGACCCUGUUGCGGAUAUGUCUCCGCCCAGGUUCCCCAACAGCACCAUACCGUCACCACGGUCAGAUCAACAAUACUUCUAUCCAGUGCGGGCAAGCCCUCACUCGCCUUUACAGCAACGGCCGUGGACAUCGGCUACGGCGACUCGCCCACAUACGUCUCACACGUCUCAUACCGCUCAUCCUGGGCACCUUAGAAAUCAGCCUUCGGCGAUGGGAAUGAGCAUGUUGAGCAACGUCACAACAAUGACGCAAGGCGGUACCAAAACCGUCAAGAAGAAGCGGAGCGCAUUUGGAUGGCUCAAAAAGGCAUUCACACUGGACGAAGAGGAACGUGCAGAGUAUGAAGCGAGGAGACAGCAACAGGCUCCUAAUCCGUAUUACGAAGGCCGCAGUCCAAAGUUCUUGGACGGGAAGCGCGUGGAAGAGUACAAGCGUUAUCAAUGA